AUGGCGGCAAGAGUAGAAGCAGCAACAGUCGGUGUUGAGAUCGAUGAAGAGAGUGAUGAGAGAGGUAGCAUGUGGGAUUUGGACCAGAAGCUUGAUCAAUCCAUGGAUGAAGAAGCUUGUCGACUUAGGAACAUGUACAGAGAAAAGAAAUUCUCGGCGGUUCUGCUUCUGCAGCUAUCGUUUCAGAGUCUUGGUGUAGUCUAUGGAGAUUUAGGAACAUCUCCACUCUAUGUUUUCUACAAUACAUUUCCUCAUGGGUUCGAUGAUCCAGAAGACGUCAUUGGAGCUCUGUCUCUCAUCAUUUAUUCACUCACACUCAUCCCUCUCCUCAAAUACGUUUUCGUUGUUUGUAAAGCAAAUGAUAAUGGUCAAGGUGGAACAUUUGCAUUGUAUUCAUUACUGUGUAGACAUGCGAAAGUGAAAACGAUUAGGAACCAGCACCGUACUGAUGAAGAGCUUACUACUUACAGCCGUUCCACGUUUCAUGAGCUUUCUUUUGCUGCCAAAACCAAAAGAUGGCUAGAGAAGAAAACUUCGAGAAAAACUGCUCUUCUUAUGUUAGUUCUUGUUGGUACUUGUAUGGUCAUCGGGGAUGGAAUCCUUACUCCUGCCAUUUCUGUUCUCUCAGCUGCUGGUGGGCUAAGAGUAAACCUUCCUCAUAUAAGCAAUGGUGUUGUUGUUUUUGUUGCUGUGGUGAUAUUAAUCAGCUUGUUUAGUGUACAACAUUACGGAACAGACCGAGUUGGUUGGCUUUUCGCGCCGAUAGUUUUCAUUUGGUUCCUCUCGAUCGCAAGCAUCGGUAUGUACAAUAUCUGGAAACACGACAGUAGCGUCUUGAAAGCUUUCUCUCCGGUUUACAUAUACCGGUAUUUCAAAAGAGGAGGUCGUGAUCGUUGGACUUCUCUUGGAGGCAUCAUGCUUAGUAUUACAGGAAUCGAAGCGCUUUUCGCUGAUCUAUCGCAUUUUCCGGUCUCAGCCGUGCAAAUCGCUUUCACUGUGAUCGUUUUUCCAUGCCUUCUCUUGGCUUAUAGCGGACAAGCUGCUUAUAUCAGGACUCACCCGGAUCAUGUUGCUGAUGCGUUUUACCGCUCCAUUCCAGGAAGUGUGUAUUGGCCAAUGUUCAUCAUCGCAACCGCUGCAGCGAUUGUGGCGAGCCAAGCGACGAUAUCGGCGACGUUCUCUUUGAUCAAGCAAGCUCUUGCACACGGUUGUUUUCCGAGGGUUAAAGUGGUGCACACGUCCCGGAAGUUCCUCGGUCAGAUCUACGUUCCGGACAUCAACUGGAUCCUGAUGGUUCUUUGCAUCGCAGUCACUGCUGGAUUCAAGAACCAGAGCCAGAUAGGAAACGCUUACGGGACAGCGGUUGUGAUCGUCAUGCUUGUGACGACGCUUCUCAUGACGCUGAUCAUGAUCCUCGUCUGGCGUUGCCAUUGGGUUCUUGUUCUUGUUUUCACCGUCCUCUCGCUUGUAGUCGAGUGCACUUACUUCUCGGCCAUGCUUUUCAAGAUCGAUCAGGGCGGUUGGGUUCCGCUAGUGAUCGCUGCGGCUUUUCUUCUCAUCAUGUCGGUGUGGCAUUAUGGGACUUUGAAGAGGUAUGAGUUUGAGAUGCACAGUAGAGUCUCGAUGGCUUGGAUCCUCGGGCUCGGUCCUAGCCUUGGCCUUGUUCGGGUUCCUGGAGUUGGACUCGUUUACACAGAGCUUGCUAGUGGAGUGCCUCACAUUUUCUCUCAUUUCAUCACAAAUUUGCCGGCCAUUCACUCUGUUGUGGUGUUCGUUUGCGUCAAGAACCUCCCUGUUUACACUGUACCCGAGGAAGAACGGUUCCUCGUUAAAAGGAUUGGUCCCAAGAACUUCCACAUGUUUCGUUGCGUCGCUAGGUACGGAUAUGGAGACUUGCACAAGAGAGACGAUGACUUUGAGAAACGCCUCUUCGAGAGCCUCUUCUUGUACGUUCGCCUUGAAUCGAUGAUGGAAGGAGGUUGUUCGGAUUCCGAUGACUACAGCAUCUGCGGUAGCGUGAAUCAGCCUAAAGACAAGCUCGGGAACGGGAACGAGAAUGAGAAUUUGGCGACCUUUGAUACAUUUGACUCGAUAGAGUCGGUAGGACCGGUGAAGCAGCUAAGCAACACAGUGACGGCGUCAAGCCAGAUGAGCGGUGGAGUGGACGAGUUGGAGUUCAUAAACAGGUGCAGAGACGCGGGAGUGGUGCAUAUAAUGGGGAACACGGUGGUUCGAGCGAGGAGGGAAGCGAGGUUCUACAAGAAGAUAGCCAUUGACUAUGUGUAUGCGUUUCUUAGGAAGAUUUGUAGAGAGCAUAGUGUCAUCUUCAAUGUUCCUCAGGAGAGCCUUUUGAAUGUUGGUCAGAUUUUCUAUGUAUAG